ACUACAUCAAGCUCAUAAUACUUAUGUACUUUUACUGUAGGAGGAUUUUUAAUGCAGGACUUUACUUGUAACGGAGUAUUUGUACUUUGCUGUAUUAGUAUUAAUACUGCAGUAAAGUAUCUCAGUACUGAUUAACAGCUCGCAGGUACAAAGUUCCGUCAGCUGAUCUGAAACCUUCACAAACGGACUGAAACUCAAACUUCAUUUUAAACGUUUAAAAUGCUGCAAACUGCUGCAGAACACACACACACACACACACACACACACACACACACACACACACACACACACACACACGCCGUCAUCUCUCUCCUUCCGCGUCUGCGCAAUAAACCGCAGCCUCUACGUGACCACGUCCUAACGCACGUUAACGCAGCUAACGACACGUGCAGUUUUAAUCAAAUCUGGAACCUCUCGGAUGGAUUUGAACUCCAGGUUUUGGAUUGUCGGAUCUUUCUGAGGGGAUUUUAAACGCAUCACAGGUCGGUCUGCUGCAGGAGGACGACGCUGCGUUCACUGACGGGCAAUAAAAACACCUGCAGCAGGUGUAUCGCUGCUGAUGCCAACAGGAUGUCCUGCUCCUGCUGCUGCUUAGUGGUUCCCAGUGCGGAGCGACUGGAGGGGACAAACAGGAAGAAGCAGCUGCUGGUGAGAGAAGAGGAAGAGGAGGAGGAGGAGGAAGAGGAGGAGGACAGGACGAACAUGGACAUCUCUCUGCUGAGAGCUCAGUACCGGAGCAGCAGAGAGCGACAGAAGAGACACACGCAGGUGCUUCUGUUCCGGACAGUCUCAGAGGAACUGUCGGAGGCCGUCAGCGUCGUCCCCUUCACUCAGGCUUUGACGUCGUCAUGGGAACCGAACAGCAGCCCGCCGCCGGCUUUGACCUCCGACCCCGACCCCUGGCACGUCCACCUGGACCUCCACCGCCGCUCCCGCUCCGCCGUCGGCGUCCCGCCUCCCGCUUCCUCCCUGGAAACAACAAACAGCGGCGACGUCGGUUCCUCCAGGCGUUUGUCUUCUUCCUCUGGCGGCUCCCUGCAGGAGUCCAGAGGCAGAAAACUCUCUGUGGGUUCAACAACAGAUUCACGCUGCAGCUCGGUCAGCGGCACCAACAAAGAAGAAGAUGUCUUCGACGCUGACACGUCCAGGACGGAUCCGGUCCAGGCUUCUGUUCCUGGUUCUCCUGAAGCCUCCGAGGGGAAUCCCAGAGAAGAAGAUCCUCCCGACGUCUUCGUCUGCAGCUCCUUCAGUGAAAGCUCCGCCCCCGUCGCCUCCAGCAGCAGCGGCUCCGCCUCCAACCUGCCGGGGAACGAACCCGCGAACGUACAAACCGGUAACGGCGUCUUGCAGAGCAGCAGCACCGCAGCGUGGAGGGGCUCCAGGUUCACCAGGCAGCUGAGCGUAGGGGGGGUGGGCUCCUCCACGGGGGGCCAGCAGAACCAGAACUACUACCCGUUCCCCAACAGGAAGACCCCGAGGAUCUCUGAGGCCGCCAGGAGGCUGGGCAUGUACUCGUCCUUCUGAGGGAUCCCGAAUGAUCCUCGAUCUGCAAAAAACACGCACGACCCAAACAUGUGACGUCAUAGUCGAGUCAUCGUUCCUCUCAGACAUCUGUAGACAGUCUGUUCACAAACACUCAGCUCGCCGCCACGUUCAGACCACAUGAGGCGACUAUUGAGUCAUAAAGUCCGUGAAGGUUCAUCCAGGUCGUCGUUACACCUGGACGGCUGAAUGGAGGGCAGCUGGACUUCCUGGUUGAAGAUACUUUUGAGGACGUUUCUCAUCUUCUUCAGUUUUAACUGACUGAUGAAGAGUCUCAGGUAUUUAACCUCUGUGGGGUCGUUAUCAAGGUCGUUGAUUCCACCUGGUUCGUAACUUGUAAUGACAGUCGUUCAGAGUCGUUGGAGUCACCUGAGGACAGGUGUAAACGGUCACAGAUCCAUAAAUCGGCCGUGACUACGCCCUGAUCCCUGAUGGCGUCCGACGCCGUGUGUGUUACUGGCUGUCCUGUGUUUCAGAAACGGACUCAUCAGCUGUCGCACCCGACGCCCCUUUUCAGUCACGACGCCGAACAUCUGUCGGUUUUUACGGGACUGAUGUCAUGUGGUCUGAACCUGACGUUAAUCUCAACAUCAUAACUGUAUCAAACACACAAAAAAACACGCCAACAACCAGCUGAACUUCCCCUCAGAGACACUUCUUCUAACAGCUGCGUCCAUGAAAAUGUUUCUGUGACUGAACCGCUGAUCUGUUUCUGGAGAUUCAACACGUUUGCUUUUGUUUUCUCCUCCAAGUUUAAGUUUUCUUAAACCGGAGUUUCUUUACAGUCUGAUUGAUCGGAAUGAUGACGAAACUACCAAAAUAUGACAAAUGUUAUUUUCUAAGGGUGUCAGGUUUAUGGAGACCGUUGAUGUAACGACACUGAAUCCUUCAUAUUUCACAUAUUAAAUGAUGCAUUCAGGUGAUACGUUUAUAAAUCAGCUUUUUGUUUUCUGCCUUAAAAAAUCAAUAAAUCACAAAACUGUAUCAA